CGUGGGUCUCCAAUUCCUCCUUCAUACGGGAGAUGAUGUGGACGACCAUGACGACAGUCGGGACACCUGGGAGACAGCACCUUCGCCACCUGAUGCUCAGAACUCAGAACACCCCGCCACCGCCCUUCCGUUUGUCACCAUGCCUACGCUCUCCUCGAACAUCCCCUCCCUUGCUGAGCAAGAAGCGUGGCACUGUCAAAUCGUUGGCGACAGCGAACUCUACGGGCUUGUCGAGAUAGGAAGACAGAACGAGAGAACUUUGCGUGCCGGAAUGAAGAGACACAUCGAACAAUUCCUCUCCCGAUGCAGUCAACUCGAUCCAUCCAUCCGAAUCAAGGUCGACCAAGAGGUCGACCUGAGGUCGCAUUUUUUGAAAACCAACUACAAGGACACUCCAAGUUUCAAGGCAUAUCGCAACUAUCUGAAUCCCACGAUCUCCAGUCAUCUCUUUCCGCUUCCUCCGGUAUCGGUCGGUUCCGGCUCGGCGACGACCUUCUAUACUGCUCCACUUGCGGCGACUUCCGCAGCUCAAGUCUCCUCCACUCCGUCGCGGUCUUCAGGUGCUUGCCUAGUCGAUCUGACCAUGUACGGUUCGCAGCACACCGAGAGACUUCCUCAGAUCAAGAGCAUCAAUGGGACCAUUGAGCUCAAGAAUCUCAAGGAAGACGCCGUAGAGGGAACCCCUCUCGAGACGCCUCCUUUCAGUCCGGGGUCGACUGCAUCGGCAAUGCAUAAGCCCGCAACGAAAGAACUAUCCGGAAAGCUGCAGAGCUACGUCAAGGAAGGCGCAGCGCAGACGAUUUGGUACGGAGCCCUAGAGCAGGAGAUGAUGGUGGACGGAGAGGACAGCCCGUUGCCCACGGUUAUCAUAGCGUACCAGGUGAACCAGUACUUUCUCAGGAUCUUGCUGCUUGGCGAGUCGAUCUUGGUGGAAUCGGACGUCGCACAUGUCGAGACAACCGUACAUGUCGAGACGUGGUUGGAAGACUUCAAGGAUGGGCGGAAGUUCCCACAUCACCUCUCGACUUUGCAAGGUGCAAAGGCACUGUCUGACUUCUUGCUGGUCUCGCGCGAAUUGAUCCUACAGAGCAUGUCAAAUCAAGAUGCCGUCCCUGACGCCGUCAAUGCAACGACGGGCACGACGAAUCUCUUUCAUGCAUUCACCCACAUCGAAAGGACACCAGAAGCCGUCCUCGAAGCCGGCCUUGGCCAUGCGACCGGAAUCAGGGCCGAACGCACAGCCAAGCUACAAACAGAGUCAGAUCAGCCUUCGGAAUCUUCUCGCAACAGGACUAGUACUGGCGGUACUGAUGGAGGUCCAAGUGGUAGCGGAGGGGGCGGGAAAAGUAUGCAGGGCGGCCUCCUACAGGGCGGCCUGCUUGGUCAAGGUCACCGAGGGGGGGAUGCGGGCUCGGGAGUGGGUUCGACGGGGUUUUCGGGGGCUCCAUUCAAGUCGUGCGCCGGAUCUGGAGGGACCGGUCAGGAGUGGUUGCCCCCUUCUCCCGCCGGUUCAAUGGAUAGGAUGCUCGGAGGCGAUACGCAAAAGUUCCAACAUGGACACCAGCGGCUACCACUUUCGCCGCCCCCAUCGCCACCCCUCUCGCCGGCCCCGUCACCAAUCUACCCUUCUGAUGAUGAUGAACUUGGCUCUGCUACAAGCGCAGCCGAGUAUUACCACACGAAGCCGCUCAAGGUACAAUUGCAGACCCUGCGAUCGCGCGGUGUCCGCUGCCUUCCGAUUCACGAGUUUGAGCGAUUGUUACAACAAAUCUUGCCUUCUGUCGGGACCGGACCCGGACGACCUAUGUGACUCGACAUGAGUCGCUGUUACGGACGACCAAGAGGACGAGAGCGCCGAUGAAAGAAAGCCAGAAGAUCAUCGUCAUACAUCAGUUGGACGACAAAGCAUUAGACGACGACCCCGGAGGGAUGAGAGGAAUUUUCCUUCUUCACUCCCGAAUGAUUAUCACGAGCCCUUAAUGCGACCCGAGUACAUGAACAUCAGAAUU